AUCAAGCCUUAUCUAUCUACAACACAAGCGCUACGCCACCUUUCCUAGAACGUUUAGAGAGCGCGACUAGUAACACCUGUCAUUUCUUCACAUCUAACUAGGCGUCUUCCACCCAUGCGCCGUGAGUACCUGCAACUGCGACGCGUCGACGGAAGAACCUCGUGUUGCAAAGAAGGCCGAAUAUGAGACAUCAUUUCCUAGUCCGUGCCAUCUCGGGCCUACUCUAGAUUGUUCUCUCGCAGUGCAUUAUACGAACGCGAGCAUGUUGCGAACGCGAGAUUCAUGGACCACUGUGGGGGGUGGUAUAUACAUAUCCCAUCCGUCGCCCCAAAUGGGUCACUAUCAACCCUUGGCUUCCAUUCUUUAAGCACUGGUCUGUUGCUUUAGUUCUCUUGAUUGACUUCAUUUCACCCCACACUUUACUCGCCGUAUCCAUUCUCGCCAAGACGAAACCGACAAGAUGUUGUCCAAGCUGGCUUUUUUUCUCGCUUCUUCCAAUGUCGCUUUCUCUGCACCGGGACUCGACCCCCGUCAGGCCGUAACUGUUGCUGUGGAUUCCAGCAAGACUUUCCAAACGAUUGACGGCUUCGGUAUCUCCGAAUUCUACGGCCGUGCUGGAAACAUCAAAUCGCUGGCAGCUGCUGCUCAGAAACAGACGCUCGACCUUCUGUUCGAUCCUACCACUGGCGCUGGCUUCAACAUCUUGCGCAACGGCAUCGGAUCUGGCCCGUCCAGCGGCUUCUCCAUCGAGCCCAACAGCCCUGGAUCACCCACCGGGACACCAAAGUACCAGUGGGAUGGCUCCGACAACAACCAGGUUUGGUUGACAAAGCAAGCGCAGGCCCGCGGCCUCAAGACCAUCUAUGCCGAUGCUUGGUCUGCUCCUGGGUUCAUGAAGACGAACGGUAAAGACUCAAACGGAGGAAGUCUUUGCGGUGUCGAUGGCACGUCCUGCGGAAACUGGACCCAAGCUUACGCCAACUACCUCACACAAUACGUCAAGUACUACAAGCAGGAAGGUAUUGAAGUGACCCACCUCGGCUUCUUGAACGAGCCUGACUACACCACCGCCUACUCUUCCAUGCGAUCAACGGGUCAGCAGGCCGCAGAUUUCAUCAAGGUUCUCGCUCCAACUGUCAAGGCUUCUGGUCUGAAGGUGAAGCUCACCUGCUGCGAUGCGACCGGUUACAACGCUCAGAAGGCCAUGCUUCCAGGACUCGCUGCAGUCGAUUCCCUGUACGACGUCGUCACCACCCACGGUUACAGCUCCGACCCAACAGCCCCCUUCGCUACUUCCAAGCAUAUGUGGAUGACUGAGACUGCCGAUCUCAGCGGCAAGUGGACAGCCAGCUACUACACCAACGGCGGAGCGGGCGAAGGUCAAACCUGGGCCAACAAGAUCUACACUGCGCUCGUUGACGCCAACUUCUCUGCAUACCUCUACUGGGAAGGCGCCGAGGACGCUGGAACCAACCCUACCAACUCCGUCCUCAUUGACAUCCACGGUGGAGUAGUUGCCCCUUCCAAGCGCUUCUGGGCUAUGGCACAGUGGAGCCGCUUCGUUAGGCCUGGUGCGGUUCGCAUCAGCGCAGGUGGCAGGACCAGCACGCUCAAGACAUCUGCUUUCAAGAACACUGAUGGCUCUGUCGCUGUACAGGUCUUGAACACUGGCGCCUCAGCAGCGACUGUCAGCAUUACUGGUGUCUCGGGCAAGGCAUCUGCGUUCAUCACCAACCAGAACCACGGGCUUGACGCGAUGACCGGAAACAGCGUGCCCGCGCAUUCCAUGGUUACUUUCCUUUACAAGUAGAUGUUGCCUCCGCGACAGCGUACACUUGUCAACUUCCGCCAGUGUGGAGUUGGAUUUACUUUUGUAAUACUUCAUUCUUCUCUUUCAAAUUGUAGAUAUUUCAGCUCAUUUCAAGCUUUUACAAAUCCAUCUGCGCCAUUCUUGCGGCUAGUCCAGUGCUGGUAAUGUUUUGUGGUGACUAAAAAUCUCCCUCAUCACCCAUAUCAGUGGCUGACCACGAACGAC